AUGUCAAACAAAUCAGACAUUGAUAACAUUAACGACACUCUAUUUUUUCGAAAUAUCAAUAAUUCAAAAGUUUUUAAUGCUCAAACUCCUGUAAUACGAACUAAUGUCGAUACGACACAAAAUACAAAGAGGGCAUUAGGGUCACCAACUUCAACUAUCAACUCUGGGGAAUUUGCUUUGUCUUUACAAAGCAAUGAUAGUCAUGAUAAACAGACAAAUUUACAAGCAAUCGUUAGUAGAUUAAGAAAGCUAAUUGAAGUAAUAUCGGCUUUAGUAAAAGAUAUCCACGAAAAGCUUUAUAAAGAAUUGUUAGAUGCAAGAAGUAUACUCGAUUCGUUAAAUGAAAUACAGAGAAAUGUUGAAAAAUUUUCAAAUUUACAACAGACGGCUCAAUAUUUUGAAUUGGCUGAUGAAAUUGACGAACUUGGCGUUGGAAUAUGGAAUACUUCUAUUGUUUUGAAAACGAGUGGUGUUGCUCGUGGACCAGAUAAACUUAAUCAAACUAUAUCUGAAAUCGUAGUUCGACAAGUUGGAUUUGUAAUGAUUCAAGCUGGUGCCGGUGCGAGUGUAAAUACUGAAAUAAAAACUGCUGUAAAAUUGCUUUCAUUAGCUAAUAAAGUUGGUAAAGCGUGGCUAGAUUGCGGAAGAAGUGAUAAAGCCGAUGAAAUUCUGCGCUCUGCAAAUGCGCUAGAAGAUACUAUAUUGUCUUGGCAAGAGAAAUCAACAAAGGAACUGCAAUCAAGAUCAACCGCUUUGGUUGUAUAUUACGCGUAUCGUGCGGAGGCGGCUUGGAAAUUGACAAAUAGCCAUGUCGCCAACCUAAUGAUCCAACAUGCUACCGAGAAAGAAUACUUAGAACGUAUUACAAUAAAGGAGAUUGACAUUCUGUGCCAAGUAUGCUUUACGAUUGGGCAUCAAGCUUCGCGCGAGGGGAAAGUAAACGAGGCGAUAAAAUGGCUGAGAAAAUGUCAUGAAUUGAUUUCUGAUAGGAUAUCACAAAUAAACCCUGAAAGAACUAAGAUACUUGUGG